AUGAAUCGUUUAAAGUUCAUUAACCAGAAGCGCACGACGCUGAAGGCUCAACUGACUAACUUUGAGAAAUUGAUCGCAGAAGAUCGGUACGACGACGCGAAUAUAAGACUGAGAUUAAAACGUAUUACCGAACUCUUUCAUGCGUACGAAGAAUUUCACGACGAACUCGCAAUAUUAGAGCCAUCGGAAGAUCAUUCAGAUGAAUUCGACGAAAUACAGAACCGAUAUUACGUAAUCGCGAGUAGAUUCGAGAAACCCGCGCAACCGUCGACGUCGCGUGAAGUCAAUUUAAAUACAACGUCCAUAGCGAUCGACAAUAAUACGCGCCGCAUUAAAUUACCAGUAACGGAACUACCAAAAUUCGAUGGUAGUUUAGAUAAAUGGUUAUCGUUUAAAAAUACGUUCGUGACGAUGAUCGAUUCCUUACAAGACAUCACGGAUCUGCAAAAAUUCUUAUAUUUGAAAGAUUCGCUACGGGGCGCAGCAUUAAAUAAAAUUUCUAUGUACGACGUAAGCGAAGAAAAUUAUAAGAACGCGUGGAAGUUGCUUAACAAAUCUUACGAAAGGAAACGGAUUUUAAUCGCGAGACACCUUGACGCAAUUCUUGAAUUGCCUACGCAAAAUAAACCGGAUCCACAAAAUUUGACGAAACUUAUUGACGACAUGCAACAACAUGUAAACAUGCUCGCUUCAUUAGGCGUACAACCGGAUCAACAUUUAUUGAUUCGAAUAAUCGAACGCGCACUGCCAACGGAAAUCUGCGCUAAAUGGGAGGAGACUCUUAGUCUUGACGUGUCACCAACGUUGGAGCAAUUAUACGAAUUCAUAUCGGAAACCGCGUUUCGUAUUUGUGAUCCCAAACGAGAUGCGCCGCGUUUUAAAAAUGGGGGGAACGGGAAACGACCCCACUCACAGAAGGAGACGUCCGCGGCCAAGACACGCAAGGAUGACUUCGGCGCGCGCGCUCUAGUUACCAAUACCACCUCUAACUGUUCAUUAUGUAAAGGGGAAAAACACGCGUUGUACAAAUGCCCGGAAUUCAUGAAACUAUCGGUGUCAGGUAGAUGGGACUUCAUUAAGAAAACUAAAUUUUGUAGAAAUUGUCUCCGUACUCAUAUAGGCAACUGCCGAUGGUCGCGUUGUAGAAUUUGCAAUAAACCCCACAACUCGCUUUUACACAAUCCAUCGUUCAAAUCAACGGCCGGAACUCCCAAGAUUGAAAAUAAUAAUUCUACAGGCCAGACGUCAACCGGAACAUCUAAGUCGGAUUGA